GUGAAUCUACAAGUUUUAUAGUCAUGAAAAUAAAGAAAACUCUGAAUGAGAAGGUGGGUCCAAACUUUUGAUCUGUACUGUACUUGUACUUUUAUUCAGGUAUUACUAUGAGGUACUUUAUACAGAACUGGUUAAAGUAGAUUCAGGGUUUUAGCUUUUAUAAACUUCUGAUGUCCUCCAUCUCCAGUUUCUCCUGUCCUUCUGUCCCUCAGUUGGUCUUCUGUCCCUCGGUUGGUCUUCUUUCCCUCGGUUGGUCUUCUGUCCCUCAGUUGGUCUUCUGUCCCUCGGUUGGUCUUCUGUCCCUCAGUUGGUCUUCUGUCCCUCAGUUGGUCGUCUGUCCCUCAGUUGGUCUUCUGUCCCUCAGUUGGUCGUCUGUCCCUCAGUUGGUCUUCUGUCCCUCAGCUGGUCUUCUGUCCCUCAGCUGGUCUUCUGUCCCUGUUGAUCUUCUGUCCCCCAGUUGGUCUUCUGUCCCUCAGUUGGUCUUCUGUCCCUCAGUUGAUCUUCUGUCCCUCGGUUGGUCUUCUGUCCCUCGGUUGGUCUUCUGUCCCUCAGUUGGUCUUCUGUCCCUCGGUUGGUCUUCUGUCCCUCAGUUGGUCGUCUGUCCCUCAGUUGGUCUUCUGUCCCUCAGUUGGUCUUCUGUCCCUCGGAUGGUCUUCUGUCCCUCAGUUGGUCGUCUGUCCCUCAGUUGGUCUUCUGUCCCUCGGUUGGUCUUCUGUCCCUCAGUUGGUCUUCUGUCCCUCGGUUGGUCUUCUGUCCCUCGGCUGGUCUUCUGUCCCUCAGUUGGUCUUCUGUCCCUCAGUUGGUCUUCUGUCCCUUGGUUGGUCUUCUUUCUGUCCCUCGGAUGGUCUUCUGUCCCUCGGUUGGUCUUCUUUCCCUCGGUUGGUCUUCUGUCCCUCAGUUGGUCUUCUGUCCCUCGGUUGAUCUUCUGUCCCUCAGUUGGUCUUCUGUCCCUCGGUUGGUCUUCUGUCCCUCAGCUGGUCUUCUGUCCCUCAGUUGAUCUUCUGUCCCUCAGCUGGUCUUCUGUCCCUCAGUUGGUCUUCUGUCCCUCAGUUGGUCUUCUGUCCCUUGGUUGGUCUUCUUUCUGUCCCUCAGUUGGUCUUCUGUCCCUCAGUUGGUCUUCUGUCCCUUGGUUGGUCUUCUUUCUGUCCCUCAGUUGGUCUUCUGUCCCUCAGUUGGUCUUCUGUCCCUCGGAUGGUCUUCUGUCCCGGGUCAAGAGGUUCUUUGAUCCGGCUCAGUUUUCAGGCAGGAUCUGGUCUCAGGUGAGUUUUUGUCUCGUUUUAUCAGAACUAAAAUCAAACUUUGUGAGGAUAAAUAAAUUUACAUCAAACCAGAACCAGUGGGUUUUCAGCCGGUUCUGAUAAGUUCUUGGGUUCGAUUGGAUCCUGAAGUCCUGCUGAUGAAACCUACAGARGUCCUGUUUAGAUUCUUGAAUCA